AUGGAAGAAAAGCUUGAAAGAGCCGAUAUCCUCCAAUUAGCAAAAUCUAGAAUUGAAAUCUUUAUCAAUAAGGUUUUCAUUUUUUCAGUGGAUGAAAAGAUCUUUGUUAAUGGAUAUGAUGCCAAUGAAAAGACCAUAAUCUACAGCAAAUACAACAAAGAGAUUUCUCCGCCCGAUGAACAACUGUUCUUAGCCUUCCAAAACUCCCUACUAAAGCCAGACUUAAUCGGCGAACACAUGGCAUACAUCUGUAAGAAGCUCCACAAAAACACUAACAGAUACAACUGCCAAUGCUCAAUCAUCCAGGUGGCCUCCACUACCAAAGAUAAUAAUGGCAAAGCUGUUAUUAAAGAAGAUUCCUCGACAAGCAUCAAAUAA